AUUGUUUCUCAGCUUGUACAACAAUGCAGUAAAUAUUUGUAUUCAGUGACUCUCUCUCUCUCUCUCUUCAGUCUCUGUCUCAUUGAUUUUGAUUUUACAUUUUAUCACAUUCACAGGAGCUUUCCCUGCAUUACCAUUUAUGACAUAUCUUUCAUUUCUUCAAUCCCCACAAACCCUAAAGAUUUACUUUCACUUUCUCUUUUUCUCUCUUCUUCUCUGCCGUGAAGGAAGAGCAAAAUUCAAGAGUUGAAUUUGGUACAUCAUGCUGUGGGCUCGGAAAAUCUGAAGCUUUUUCUUUGAGGAACUUGAUUUGGCCGCUUUUACUUUUUGCCCCACUUGUUUCACCCCUCAAUUAUUUGAAGGAUCGAAAGCAGUUUGAUACUUCUGUGUCGCUUUGCAUAUUCUGCAUUGAUUCUCUCAUCGUUGCUAGGCGUCAGAAACUGCAAAAGCAAAGCACUGUUGUGUUUUUUCUUUUUCUUUUUUUUUUGAAGUAGAGAAUCAAUAUCCUGCUUUCAGAGCCAAAAGGGUGUCCAGAACUGGAACAUAUUGAUGCCAAUUUUUGUACUGUUUGAGAAAGUGAGGACCCCAAUUGGGUUUCUAAGUUAGUUUCUUGGGAAUUUAGGUGACUUGGGUAAAAGGGUCUUUUCAGUGCAGGUUCUACAGCGGCUAGGUUGCUAGACGGAAUGGUGGUGCAUGUCUGAUAGUAUAUGUUCGGAAUCUAGAACAGUGAGGGGCAAUCUAAUUAUGGAAAUAUUCGUUUGGAUGUGUGUCUUUGCUUUUGGCUUUGAGGGCAUUUGAGAUUGAACGUUUUAAGGAAGGUGAUUUUGCAAUUGUGUGUUGUAAAAUUUGGUAAUGAGUCGAGAACCGAAGCGGGAGAAGCAGGAGAAGGGCUCCGAUGACGCUGAGAAGGUUGUCGUCGCGGUUAAGGCCUUGAAGGAAGUUCCUAAGACUGCUCUGGUCUGGGCGUUGACUCAUGUUGUCCAACCUGGUGACUGUAUAACACUACUUGUGGUUGUGCCCUCUCAAAGUUCUGGUAAAAAGUUAUGGGGCUUCCCAAGAUUUGCAGGGGAUUGCGCCAAUGGUCACCGGAAGUCUCAUACGGGAACAACCUCUGAGCUGAAAUGCGAUAUAUCAGAUUCCUGCUCUCAGAUGAUCCUUCAGCUCCAUGAAGUUUAUGAUCCAAAUAAGAUAAAUGUCAAGAUAAAAAUUAUUUCUGGAUCACCUUCUGGUUCUGUGGCGGUAGAGGCUAAAAAAGCUCAAGCCAGUUGGGUUGUUUUAGACAAACAUCUAAAACAUGAGGAAAAACACUGCAUGGAAGAGCUGCAGUGCAACAUUGUGGUUAUGAAGCGUUCCCAGCCAAAAGUUCUUCGCUUGAAUUUGAAUGGAUCAUCUAAAAAGGAACCUGAAUUGGCCAGUUCCUUGCUGUCUGAGCAUGGUGCAGGGUCUGAUAAACAUCCCAAGCAGAGGAAUGAUUCUUUGAGUUCCAUUCGAGGGCCGGUUGUGACUCCAACUAGUAGUCCAGAGCUUGGGACACCAUUCACAGCCACCGAGGCUGGUACCUCAUCGGUGUCAAGUUCAGAUCCAGGAACUUCACCUUUUUUCACCAGAAAAAAUGAAGAUCUGAAGAAAGUGGAAUCAUUAGUUAGUAAAGAAAACAAAGUUCUUGAUGACAGUAGUUCAGACACAGACAGUGAACAUUUAUCAUCUUCAGGUAGUAUGAGGUUCCAACCAUUGAUAGCUGAAUUUCUUGAUUCUCAUCGUCCAUCCUUGCAACACAUGGAAGAAAGCUCACACAGAAGUAACGAUAACUCAAAAGCAUCUACUACCAAGGUUUUACUGAAAUUUUCGAAAAUUGAUAGAGAUGCUGGAAUUGGAAUGCCCAAUCAUAGAGCUGACAUGGAGUUCAGCGGAAAUCUGAGAGAAGCAAUUUCACUGUCCAGAAAUGCUCCUCCAGGCCCCCCUCCAUUAUGUUCAAUAUGUCAACACAAGGCACCUGUGUUUGGAAAACCUCCAAGGUGGUUCAGCUAUGCAGAGCUAGAGCUUGCUACCGGAGGAUUUUCACAAGCCAAUUUUUUGGCUGAGGGAGGGUUUGGUUCUGUUCACAGAGGGAUGCUGCCAGAUGGCCAGGCUGUUGCUGUCAAGCAACACAAAUUGGCUAGUUCUCAGGGCGAUCAGGAGUUCUGUUCAGAAGUAGAAGUCCUGAGCUGUGCUCAGCACCGAAAUGUUGUCAUGUUGAUUGGUUUCUGUAUUGAGGACAGAAGAAGAUUGCUGGUCUAUGAGUAUAUAUGCAAUGGGUCAUUGGAUUCUCAUCUAUACAGGCGACAUCGUGAGCCUUUAGAAUGGUCUGCACGGCAAAAGAUUGCUGUAGGGGCAGCUCGAGGGCUACGAUAUCUUCAUGAAGAAUGCAGAGUGGGUUGCAUUGUGCACCGUGACAUGCGACCAAACAACAUCCUGAUCACCCAUGAUUUUGAGCCACUGGUUGGAGAUUUUGGCCUCGCAAGGUGGCAGCCUGAUGGGGACACGGGUGUGGACACAAGAGUAAUUGGAACUUUCGGAUAUUUGGCUCCUGAAUAUGCUCAAAGUGGUCAAAUUACAGAAAAGGCUGAUGUUUAUUCCUUCGGGGUGGUCUUGGUGGAACUUGUUACAGGGCGAAAAGCUGUGGACCUUAACCGGCCUAAAGGGCAGCAAUGUCUCACUGAAUGGGCCCGCCCGUUAUUAGAAGAAUUUGACAUUGAUGAACUGAUUGACCCCAGACUUGAAAACUUCUAUUCCGAACACGAGGUUUACUGCAUGCUGCACGCUGCGUCGCUAUGUAUACGGCGGGAUCCGCAAUCUAGGCCUCGCAUGUCUCAGGUUCUGCGCAUACUAGAAGGUGACAUGAUGAUGGACAAAAAUUACAUGUCAACGCCCGGGUAUGAUGUAGGAUGCCUGAAUGGUCAGGAUGUGGGAUGCCGGAGUGGCCGACUUUGGUCAGAGCAGCAGCAGCGGCAGAAGGAACAUUAUAGCGGCCCGCUACUAGAUGAGGCGAUGGAAGGGUACGAGAAGCUCUCUUGAGAAUUUAAGGCCAGGUUUUAGGGAGAGGGACAGGGCAGGGCGGACUUCAUGCGAAAACCAUUUGCGAAGCGCUCGCCUUUUAGAACUACCACAUACUUAGUGGACUAAAGAUGUGAUCUCCUUUUUGUAACGUAAUCCAUAAUUCCUUUGAUAUUUUGGUUAAUGCCACCUGCAUUUUACUUCUGUAUAGUAAAAAGAAGAGAAUAGCAAGGUUUUGGAAACUUUUAUUGGUGAAUCUAAUGAAAAAUACCACUUCAAGUCUUCAA